AUGGCUGACAUUUCCGGCGACGACUCGAAGCCCCACCUGAUCUUCUCCUACGGCACACUCAAACAAGGCUUCCACAACCACAAGCUCACCAAGGAGCUCAUCUCCCAAAACGACGCCGUCUUCAUCGGCCCCUACAUUACCCGCCACGCCUACCCCCUCGUCUGUGGCCCCCACGGCCUCCCCUACCUCAUCAACCUCCCCGGGUCGGGUCGCCGCAUCCGGGGCGAGCUCUACGCGGUCUCCGCCGUCGGCCUCGCCCGCUUCGACGACCUCGAAGGCACCUCCAUCGGCCACUACGAGCGCCUCCGGCUCCAAUUGCUCGUCAAUGCCGACAAAGACGGCGCCGUUCCCGUCGACGCCGAGGCCUACUUCGCCCACCGGAGCUUCGGCGAGGCCAUGUGGGAGAGGAACGGCAAGGAGGGCCUGACGGAGUUUACGGAGAACGAGGCCAAGAGGUAUGUGAAAAGACAGGAUAGGCCUCAUCAGGGGAGGAAUAUUAUCGAGGACGUGCGGCGGUUUGUGAAUGGGGAGUGA